CAUGCCAGCACCAUCCUCAGCGGUCCCGCCCACCACGCACAAACUUACUCGCACCAGUCGUGAAGUGUCGUGAGGCAGGCCGGCAUCCUUGCAAAGCAGCGCUUCCACCUGCUGUGGCUGCUCUGGGGCGGCGGCGAGGGCAGCGGUCGUAGGAGGAAAGGACCUCGGGAUAUAAAAUGAAGGCAGCGAUCGCCACACGCAUCUGUUUAGCACAGCUACACAUGGAUGGACAGGUAGGUAUCAAUUCAUCUCCUCUCAUUCUUUGCGUCACCUCGUCCCUUAUUAGCCGGGCGGCCCGGGCUUGCCCUUUGUGAUUUCCUUGAUGACCUGUUCCAAGACAGACAGACAGACAGACAGAUGCAGGUCUCGUGUGUGUUUGCAUCAACGCGUCUGUGCGUAUGUGAGUGCAUGCGCACCCUCUCUUUUCCGUCCUGCUCGUCCUCUGCUGCGGCCGCGGCCUCCUUGUCGGUGGCCAUCUCCUCCCGCUUGGCCUUCGCCUCGGCUUUGGCGGCAGCGGCAGCAGCCUCCACAGCAGCAGCUGCGGCAGCAGCAGCGGCAUCGUGCGCCGCCUGUACCUGAGGGGAGAGAGACAUGCAUGGCAGCGACAUGCAACAUUGCGGUGGUAGAAGUCAGCUGUGCACCGAAAUGCCGACUCUCGAAACGAAAAACCCCAUUGCGCCACACACCAACGCCGCGCCGAAGAUGGCGCAGGUGAUGCGGAGUCCACGCUCCUGUGUCUGCAUACAAGCAACAACACAACGGUGAGCGUCGCCCUGUCCCACCCAUGUCACCCACUUCCUCUGUCCUCAGCUUAUCCUGUCUUUUCUUGACGAUCUUGAACCAUCUUUUGAAGUUCUCGAGUUGAUGAUGCGCCCGUUGGGGUCCAGGCAGGCAUUCCCUUCUCGGGCUUCCUUCUUCCCCACGCGACGGAUGUUGGCGUCAGUCUCACCUCCGGCAAACGCGAGACUGACGCCUGCCACACACACACAGCUCACAGACACACACACACACGCACACACACACACGCAGGGCAGCCAAACGACAACAAAUCACAGACAAAGAGCGGGAUAAAUCGAGCCAUAUCGAAAAAGAGGCACGUGUGUCAGUCUGGUGCCUUUGGGUGGGUUGGUGGAUUGGACGGUGUCUGCAUGUGUGCAUGGCAUAGUGUGUGUUUGGGUACGUCGGCGAGUUCAUGGUAGUGGGUGAACUUCUUGGGCCGCUUCGACCAGAGGAACUCCCGCACCCCGUCGACCAAGAGCCGCUCGGUGGCGGGCUUCGCGGUGCGGUCCAUGACUCCGAUCUGCACACACACAGACCACACACAACACGUCAGGCGAACAGCACGACAAUUGGUUGAUUGAUUGAUUGAUGGAUGAAUGGAUGGAUGGCUGUGCGCUUGCUGACCGCCUUAAAGCCCGGCCGGUCGAAGAAGGGGUGCAU